AUGGCAAUAAAUGAGAAUUUUCACGAAACAUUUAUUGAUAAUGAUAAAAAAAUAUUUCUUAAUUUUGGUAAUAAUAUCACAAGGGAUAAUCAACGAUAUCAAUUAAUAUCAUCAUUGAAUCAUGAAAAAUAUUUUCAACAAAAAGUUAAUUUUUUAGCAAAAAUAUUAAAAAAUCAUGUCGAUCAAUUGAGAGAAGGAUUAGAGAUGGUCGAUCUAGUAUUUCUAGUUGAUGCAUCAGCUUCAGUUGGAUUGGAAAAUUUCAAAAGUGAAUUAAAUUUUGUAAAAAAAUUAUUAGCCGAUUUUACAGUCGAACCUUUAAGUACAAGAGUGGCGAUUAUCACAUUUGCUGGUAGAAAUAAUGUACAUCGUAAUGUUGAUCAAAUUUCACAAAAUGAACCCAAUCAUCAAAAAUGUCAACUACUUGGCAAACAAUUGGGUAACAUUACUUAUGCCGGUGGUGGUACUUUUACACUAGGAGCACUGUUAGAAGCUUUUGAUAUUCUUGAGAAGAGCAGAAACGACACAAAAAAAGCUGUGUUUCUAAUAACCGAUGGCUACAGUAAUGGAGGUGAUCCACGUAGCGCAGCACAACUUUUAAAAAACGCAGGAGUGACAAUAUUCACUUUUGGCAUUGCCACAGGAAAUGUUGAGGAACUCUUUGACAUUGCCAGUGAACCUGGACAUAUUCACAGCUAUUUGCUUGAUAGUUUUUCUGAAUUCGAUGCAUUGGCACGUCGUGCUCUUCACAGAGAUCUAAAAGCAGGAAAAUAUGUGCAAGUUAAUAGAGGAUCUGAUUGUGAUUUAUUGUGCGAUAAAAGAGAAAGAAAUGAAAGCUGUUGUGAUGAAUUAGCAACCUGCACCUGUGGAACUGCAACCGGACAUUAUGCCUGUUUGUGUCCUUUGGGGUAUUUUGGAUCCGGACUUAAAGGAUUUUGCCAACCCUGUCCAAAUGGAACCUAUGGAUUUGAUACUGUUCCUGGAGAUUGGAUUUCCGCUUGUAAUGUUUGUCCCGACGUUAAUCAUAUAACAAAAAUAAUUCCCGCUACCAAUGUUGCUGAUUGUGUUUGCACUUUUGGAUUUAUUGCAAAUAACAGUAAAUGUGAAGUGAUAACUUGUCCAAAAUUGAAAGCACCGGAAAAUGGUUAUUUCGUGAAGGGAAAUCUAUGCAAUAAUAAUGUUAUAAACGCCGCAUGUGGUGUAAGAUGUAGAAUUGGAUUUCAUUUAACAGGCGAUAGUAUUCGUUUAUGUCAAAAUAAUGCCACGUGGUCAGGAAUUGAACCCCAAUGUCUUGUAAAAACUUGUCCGUCAUUAAAUGUACCAACAAAUGGGAAUAUGACCUGUGAGCAUGAAAAUCAAAAUGAACAGAGAAUGUUAAAUAAUUUUACAAUGGCACAACCAAUUGAUACAAAAUGUAUAUUUCAUUGUGAAAAUGGCUUUCAACUUCGUGGUAGCAAAAUUCGUAAUUGUUUACCACUUUCAAGAUGGGAUGGACUUCAAACUUCUUGUAAAAAAAUAACUUGUCAGCCAUUGUCGCCAAUUGUAAAUGGAAUAAUAACACCGAAAUCAUGUUUGGGACCGGAUAAAAUUCCCUUUGGUAUGAAUUGCACUUUCGAAUGUAAAAAUGGAUUUCAAUUAGAUGGUCCAAAUAAUAGAAUUUGUUUGGGUCGCCAUGGAAUUUGGUCGAAACGUUACAAUCUCAAUCGAUGUAUUGAUAAAACACCGCCGAUUUUAAAUUGUCCGGAAAACAUAACGGUGACAUCGUUACUUGGCAAAAAUUACACUCUUCUCAAUUGGACAAUUCCAAUUGCCACUGACAAUUCGGGAAUUGUUCCAAUUGUCUGGAGUAAACCGGAUAUUAUUUAUCCAUGGCGAGCAAAAAUUGGAUUGCACACAAUUACUUAUUUUACUCAGGACGAAAGUGAAAAUAAAGUUCAAUGUCAAUUUUUUGUUAAUGUCACUGACAAUGAACCACCAAUUGUGGAAAACUGUGAAAAUCCACCAGUUUUUCUAUCAGACAGUGCAACAGGCGCUGCAAAUGUAACAUGGGAUGAACCGGUAUUUUAUGAUAAUUCCAAAUAUCAAUUGAAAAUUGAAAAAAAUCACAUUCCUGGCUUAGAAACAUUUCCCAUUGGAAUUACAUCUGUGAUUUAUAAUGCCACUGAUCAAUUUGGUAACAUUGAAACGUGUACUUUUAACAUAACAGUUGAAGAUUCUUGUAAAGAUGUUCCAACGCCUUUAAAUGGAUUUUCAAAAUGUAAUGAAAAAACAGAAGACGGACAAAUUCAAUGUUUAAUUACUUGUGAUGAAGGAUAUGCUUUUGCAUUUGAUUCAAUAAAUUCUAUUCAAUCAGAGGAAAAUUUAAUAGUCACAUGCAAUUUUUUGAAUCAUUCUUGGAAUAAUAGUUUUUUGCCUGAUUGCUCAGUCACACAAAUACCACAUUCGGUCUCUCAGGAUGGAAUUAUAAUUUUUGAUGGAGAAAUUUGCGAAAAUUCUUCCUUAUUAGAAAAUUUAAACGAAAGUAUAAAUAAAGAUUUAACCUCAAAAUUACUCGAAGUUUGCGGCAAUGAAAUUGAUUGUAAUUUAGUAAAAAUCGAAUCAAAAUGCGAAAAAAUUUCUACUAAUGACGAAUCUACUACUAAUGAGGAAGAAUUAAUUACAUUAAAUCGAACGAGAAGAUUUUUCCCUAAUUAUUUUUAUCAUCAAUUAUCACCAGGAGAACUAAAAUUAAAUCAAAAAAUAAGAGAAUUAAAUGAUCAAAUGGAAAUUGAUAAAUCUCAAAGUCAAAAAGAACGACUUGUGAUUAAAUUUAAAUUUAUAGCCGUAGGGAAAAAUGAAACAAAUUUCAAUCGAGAAUCAACAAAAAUACGUGAAAAAUUCCAAAAAUUCUCAUCACAAUCAGAGGGGAAUAAUUUAUUUAAUGAAGAAACAAAAAGAAAAAUGGAAAAUUUAUCACUAAAUCAUCGAAUGAUUUUGAAGAAAACUUUAAAUAUUUGCGAACCUGGUAGUAUAGCAAGAAAAUACGAUUGUGUAAAAUGUCCUCAAGGAACUUUUUACAAUUUAACAAAAAAUUAUUGUCAAUCGUGUCAAAUUGGAGAAUAUCAAAAUUUAAUUGGAUCAAUUGAAUGCAAAAAAUGUCCAAAUUUCACAACUACUUGGAAAAUACAGAGCCGAACAAUAAAGGAUUGUAAACCUCUUUGUCAACCUGGCUAUUAUUCACAUAGAAAAAGACACAAAAAAUUAGGAAUCGCUCCAUGCACAUCGUGUGAAAUUGGAUUUUAUCAAUCUGAAUAUGGAAAAAAUUCUUGUAAAAUUUGUCCUGAAAAUUAUACAACAAUAAAUCGAGCCUCAAAAAGUCAAAUCGAUUGUAUUCAAUCAAUUCAAGAUGUUUGUAAUGUUAAUUUAUGUCAAAAUGGUGGAAUUUGUCAAAGAGAAACCAAUGGUUUUAGUUGUGAUUGUCCAAAAUAUUUUAUUGGCUCAAGAUGUGAAAAAUUUCAAAAUCCUUGCAAUUCCUCGCCGUGUUUACAAAAUGGAAAUUGUAUUUUGCAAAAUGAUACAAAAUUAAAUUACAAAUAUGCAUGCAAUUGCAAAAAUGGAUUUAAGGGAAAAAACUGUGAAUAUUACGUUGAUGAAUGUACGAGAAAUCCAUGCAAAAAUAAUGGAAUUUGCAAAAGUUCUGAAACAGAUUUUCAUUGUAUUUGUCAAAAUGGAUUUGAAGGCGAAUUUUGUGAAAUCAAAUCAAAUUACUGUGAUCCAUCACCUUGUGGCGAGGGUUCAACUUGCAUUAGUGUCAAUAAAUCUUGGCAAUGUUUAUGUAAACCUGGAUAUUUGGGUCGUUAUUGUAAUUUAUUGCCAUGCGAUUGGGCCCCUUGUCAUUUAAAUUCAUUGUGUGUGAAUAUCAUGGAACCGGGAGCUAAUCCUAAAAGUUACAGAUGCCAAUGUCCUGAUGGCUACACAGGCAAAGAUUGCCUAACAAUGAUAAAUUACUGCAACGAAAUACCUUGUAAAAAUGGAGGUUCAUGUAUUAAUGGUCCUCGAAAUUACACCUGUCAGUGUUUGCAAAUUUUUACCGGAUCCAAUUGUGAAACUGAAUUAUUACCAAAUUAUUUGAUGCAUUUCACUAAAUCGGGAACAACGGAUUAUGUUAAAUUGACAAAUUUAAAAAAUGACUUGUCUGAGUUAAGUAUUUGUCUUUGGAUUCAAUCUUUGGAUAAAUUCAAUUAUGGAACAGUUUUGUCAUAUGCGAAUCGAAUUUAUGACAAUGCUAUUACACUUACGGAUUAUAAUGGAUUUGUUCUCUACAUAAAUGGAGAAAAAAUUAUUACCGAUAUUACAGCAAACGAUGGUUUUUGGCAUUUUUUGUGCUUCACAUGGCAAAGUAAAUUUGGUGCCUGGAAUGCUUAUCUUGAUGGGAAUCUUUUUGCUAAUGGCACUUUGUUGGCUAAUGGGAGUUUAAUUCAAGGUAAUGGAAUUUUUAUCAUUGGCCAAGAACAAGAUAAAUUUGGCGGCGAUUUUUCUGAAUCAGAAUCAUUUAUUGGAAAAAUAACACUUCUUAAUUUAUGGGACAAAGUUUUGGAAAAAAAGACGAUAGAAAAUUUUGGUUUGACUUGCGAUAAUUAUUUUGGAAAUUUAAUUGCCUGGGCAAAAAUGCGUGAGAAUAUUCAGGGCAACAUUAAGAUUUUAGAAAGUCAAUUUUGUAAUGGUUGCCCCAUAUUAACGGCGCCUUUUAGGGGUAAAGUGAGUAUAAGUGAAGAUAAACUUGAAGCCACAUACACGUGUGACGUGGGAUAUCUUGUAAAAGUUGGACGAGCAGAGAUGAAAAUUUUAAAAAGGAAAUGUCUCCUUCAAGGCCAAUGGGAAGGCCACUAUACUCCAAUAUGCACGAGAAUCAAAUGUGGAUUUCCGGGAUAUUUUCCCAGAGGUUUUAUAAGAGGACGUUCGUAUCUUUUUGGUGAUGAAAUUUUCUAUUUUUGCAAUGAGGGUUACGAACUUAAGGGAAAUUCACAACGAAUUUGUAAUUCCACUGGAGAAUGGAGUGGACAACAACCAAUUUGCGUUGGUAUCACAUGUAAAAAUCUUUUGGCCCCGGAAAAUGGUGAUAUCGAAUAUUUAAUUGAAGAAUACGAAAGAAAUGAUACAACAGUGUUGCAGGUGGGACAACAGUUGGAAUUUAAAUGUAAUUCCGGCUUUCAAUUGGAUGGAGAAAAUAUUUUAACAUGUCUCGAAAGUGGAAUUUGGGAUUAUGAAAUACCAAAAUGCAAUGCCAUUGGUUGCCCUCUUCCAAAAAUGGUAAAUAAUUCAUACAUAGCGACAAUUAUUUAUGCCUCAGAAAAUAAUAAAAAAAAUUUAACAAAUGACACCAUAUUUAAUCAUGGCGAUAUUUUGGGAAUAUCCUGUGAGCCUGGAUUUAAAUUUCAUAAAAAUCACAAUCUUCUCGCUGAAUUUCGUCUACAGUGUAUUAGUAAAAAUUCAAAUAACAAUAAUAAUAAUAAUAAUUGGCUUGGAUUUGUACCAAAUUGUAUACCAAGAAAAUGUUCAUUUCCAAAAAUACCAAAAAAUGGAAAAAUUAGAUUUCAAUUAAAAAAUAAUACAAAUAUUGAAAUUUCAUUCGAAAAUUCAUCAAUUUUUAACGAAUUAUUAAAAAAACAAAAUGAAAUUGAAAAUUUAUUUUCACCCGGACAACGUAUUACAUUAAAUUGUGAAAAAAAUUAUAAAAUUAUUGGUAAUAAUUCAAGAAUUUGUACAUUCAAUGAAACAUGGACAAAUAAUGAAAGUUUUUGUCAAUUAAAAAAAUGUCCCAUUGAAUUACAUUUAAUUUGGAAUUUUUUUGCAAAAUUCCCAACAAAUAUAAUUCCAUUAAAUUGGCAGAAGAAGAGAGAAAUUUUUUUUACAAAUAUUAUUGAGAAUUUAUCAAUAUUUUUCGAAGGAAAUUUUUAUAAUGAUAAAAUAAUUUUUUCCUGUCAAAAUAAAACUGCAUUUAGUGGUGAAAAUUUGGGAAUAUUUCAAAUUCAAUGGAAAUGCAAUGAGAAUGGUGAUUGGAUUUUUGAGAAUUGGGAAAUUAUUGAUGAAAAUGAAAUUAUUGAUUUGUUUUUGAAAAAUGGAGGAAAAAUUUGUGAAACUGUUAAAUGCAAGAGGCCAAAGAUUCCCGAAAAUGGUUACAUUGUCAAUGACAAUCCAGAGGAAAUGGAUAAAAAUUUCAAUAUUGAUGAUAUUUUAUACUUUAAAUGUCGUCAAGGAUUUUUUAUCGAUGACGCAGAAUAUUCAAAAUGUCUUUUCAAUGGUUCUUGGUCAAAAGUACCAAAAUGCAAAUCAAUUGUUUGUGAAAAACCAAUACUACCAUCACAUGCAGAAUUGAAAUAUGCAAAUUAUAAACCAAACGAAUAUAUUUUUGGAAAUAUGUUAAUUUAUCAAUGUAUUCCCGGUUAUCGUAUUUUUGGCCAAGGGACAAUUCGAUGUCUCUCCAAUGGAAAAUGGUCGAAAAUUCGCGGAAAAUGUGGCAAAAUUUUUUGUGGACAACCAAAAAGUACCAACGAAAUGACAAUAGAGGGAAAUUCAUAUUUUUUUCAAGAUGAAUUAAUUCUCACGUGUCCAAAUGGAAAAACAAAGGGGAAAAUUAUUUGUAAAAGUGACGGAAAAUGGAGUGCGCCAAUAAAAUGUCAAAAAUGAAGUGAAAAAAAAAAAUUUUAAUAUUAAAAUAUUACUGAUAUUUAUAUUUUUAAAAUAUUUUUAAAUUUAAUAAAAAGUAAAAAAAGA